UCCUGGUAAAGCUGUCUUUCGAAAUGAUGGAACCAGAAGUUGACCCUUCUUGUAAUCCAAUACAGCCCCUUUACCAACAGGAGGGUGACAAUGGUUUAAAUAGGGUAGACUCUGCAGUGCCACUCCAGCCAGCAACAACAGACCAGCAAGGUCAGGGUCAAGAUGAUGCUAGGAAUUAUGGGAUUGUUAAAGCUGUACAGUAUGGAGCGUUUGGCAGAGUUACGGAGUUGGUGGAAGGGGGAUAUGAUGUCAACGAGAUGGACAAAGAAAAUGUCAGUCUAUUACACUGGGCUUCUAUCAAUAAUAGAAUUGAUAUCAUCAGAUAUCUGAUAGAUAAAGGGGCUGUAGUGGAUAAAUUUGGUGGAGAUCUUAAUUCAACAGCACUACACUGGGCAACAAGACAGGGUCAUUUAUCUACAGUCGUACUUCUCAUGUCAUAUGGAGCUGAUCCCACAAUACUAGAUGGAGAAGGUUGUAGGUGUAUUCACUUGGCGGCACAGUUUGGCCACACAGCCAUUGUGGCAUACUUAAUUGCUAAGGGUAAUGAUGUGGACAUGAUAGAUAAAAAUGGAAUGACACCUUUGAUGUAUGCCUGUCACAGAGUAUUUGGGUAUGACCCAACACGUAUGCUGUUGACCUUUGGAGCAGCUGUCAACAAGGCAGAUAAUGCACUUGGUAAUACUCCAUUACACUUUGCUUGUCUGACAGGAAACACAUGUGCUGCUAAGCUGUUAUUAGAUGCAAAAGCUGAAAUAAAUGUAUCAAAUCACAAGGGAGAGACUCCAAUAGAUAUGGCAGUAGCAGCUAAAUUACCAAAUCUAGUGAAAAGAUUAAGGCAGAUUAGUGAAAUGAGAGGAUCAGGCAAAUCUAACUGUCUUACAAGAUAUACUUCAGACAAGGCCUUUAGAAAGCGAGUGAUGUGGACUUUCCCAUUUGUAGCAUUGUUUGUGGUUGGUUACAUUCCAGAAAUGACAGCACCUAUCUACAUGAAGAUACUAUUAGCUCUACUAGCCUUUGGUGGAUACCAGAUCUGCAGACAGUUUUUCUUUGAUGAGAAUAUAAUGAAUGUGAUACCUUUACCUCUGUAUCUUGCCACCAAAGUUUGGAUGUACUACACAUGGAUUGCCUAUUGUUUGCCUUAUGUAGAUAGCAUGAAAUUAAAUAUUUUAUUUACUAUAAAUACAAUUUUACUGACGUAUAAUUUUGUAAAAGCUUGGAAGUCAGACCCAGGAUUUAUAGACACUAACAGAGAACAGAAAAUGAAGACUGUAUUAGAUUUAGCAGAAACACAGACUCUAACAUUACAAGAAUUCUGUAGUACCUGUUUAGUACAUCGACCACUAAGAUCCAAACACUGUGGUAUUUGUAAUAAAUGUGUGGCUAAAAUGGACCAUCACUGUCCCUGGAUAGAUAAUUGUGUUGGUGCAAAUAACCAUAAAUACUUCAUUGGAUACUUAUUUUUCCUGUUUGGUAUGAUCUGUUGGUGUAUGUAUGGCUGUAAAUUAUAUUGGAAUAAUGUUGUGCCUUUUGAUUUCUAUGAAGAAGGAAUUACUGGAGUAUCUUACAAAUUAGUGAAAAAUUCUCCCUGGGUCACAUGGAUAGCUUUAAAUGCUGCAUUCCAUUUCUGUUGGGUUGGAAUCUUAUUAGUUUGUCAACUCUACCAGGUUAUGUGGUUGGCCAUGACAACCAAUGAAAGAUUAAAUGCUCACAGAUAUAAAUAUUUCCAUUCUGAAGAUAAGGACAAAGAGGUUGGACACAGUCAUGAUGAUGGAGAGAAGUGUAAACACCAACCUAAAAGUCCUUUUAACCGAGGUCCCUUAUCUAAUCUGAUAGAUGUACUUGGUAUAAGCUUUUUUGGGUUGUUGCGACCUAAUAAAGUAGACUGGAAGAAUCUUUAUGAUGUACCAGGGAAACCAGAAAACUUGCUCAGGAGAAUGAGACUCAAUGUAGCUAGAGAAAAUUAUCAAUUUGUUUGAAAUUUCAUUAAUUAUAGAUUUUAGCACUAUUUAAAUCAUUUUCAUUUUAUUAUCUAAUUUCAUAUAUAGUGUAAAUUUUGAAUUUUUUUUUAGUUUUAUAUUGUAUAUGUAUUGACAUAAAUGGAUAUAUGUGAAAUUUGAAUUUUGAGUUAAAAUGUUUUUUCAAGUCAAAGAUCAGUUUUGAUUUUUUUUUUAUAUCAAAUAAGUAAUUAUUUGUCCUUUCAUUAAUAUGUUUUCAAAGUUACUACUGUUUUAAUUUUGCUUUAAAAUUGUUUAUACUUUUUCACACUUAUAGAUUUUACUUAUUCUUCUUUAACUGAAAAUUCUGUUUUUUUACUAGAUUUGUUUAUCAAGAGCUGUUUAAGAAAAUAUCAAAAUUCUCAGGUAUAUCUCAGGUAUUUUUUAAAAUCAACUACAACAAUAUUAAUUUCAAUCCCUUAUUUUUUUUUUUAAAUUCCUCCAUGUAAACCUGAAAUUGUGAUGAUUUAAUAGAUUAAGCUAAUAAUGAUGGCUCAAUGUUAACUAAAGAAAGCAUUUACUACUACUUGUUUGUGCAUAAUGCGUGUUUAUGAUUACUUUUUGCAAAAGAUGUGUAUAAAAAAAUAUAAGUGUUAUUAUUCAACCAUUAUUUUAAAAGCUUUGAAAUGUUAAGUUGAUGUCUAUUCAAAACAUUUUGUGUCAUUGUUGAAGGAAUAUAUUCAUGAGGAACUGCUGAUUUAGCGGACUUGUAUCCAACAUUACAAAUUUAAAUUUGAUAAUUUCACUUCUCUAAUGAUAUUAAAAUAACCUUUUCACAAAAUGAUUACCAUACCAAGUUAGAGACCUCAGUUCCUUAGAUUUUUUUGUUAUCAAGCAAGCUUUACUUUAUUAAUGUUGACUUAUGUAAUGAUAUCUUGCUUGCACAUAUCACAAACGAUAAACAUGAAUGCUUUGGUUUGGCAGCUAGUUUUUUUUUUAAUUUUAUGUUAUUAUUAAACCAUUUUUUCCAUUUUGAUAUAUUAAGUUAUAACUUUACUUGUUAGAUUGUAUCCAUUGUUCAUUGUUGCUUCAAAUUACGUUCUUCUUUUUCUUAAGAUAUUUAUAAAUUAUCUGUUGCUCUAAACACGAGAGGAAUUUUCUUGACUACAAUCUGAACAUAGAGUGAAAUCCCUCUGAUGAAAUGGAGUAGAGAAACUGCCUAGAGAUGAAAGACCAAAGAUAUCUGUUUAGCGCUAUUUUCUUGGCAACAUAAAUGAUGCCAUUGUGUAAUCAUUGAACUGGGCUAUGAAAAAACUUUCAUAGUCAACCUUCUUAUUAUUAUGAUUUAUAGUUACAAGUUAAAUUAUAACAUUCUACACAUUGAAAAUUUUAAAAUACCAACUCACAAUAUUCAGUUUAUUGUUAAAUAUUUUAAGUAUGAAACAUAUGAUUGUGUUCUGGAAUUAUAAAACCUGUGUUAGUGCUAGUAGAUCACACCAAUUUUAAAUUAAACUGUGAUAUGUGUAAUAAAAUUAUGCAAGUGUGAAAGUUGAAUAACCUAUCAAAAUAUUGGAUAUCUAUUGCUUACCAAGAUACUGUACGAUUGUAUAGAAAAAAUGUAAUUAUUAAAUAGAUGCUAAAAAGUGACAAAAAUGUUAAUUUCAGAGCAAUAUGAUCAAAAUUUAAAAGUUUACAAAAAAAAACAUUUUUCCUUUAUUAUUUAUAAAGUUAGAUAAAAUGAAAAUAGAACAAACAUAUAUAAUUUGCUAUUUUUUUAUUACAUUUUAUGAUCAUAUAAUGAAUUCUCUUUGAUACAGGGUGAUACUUCUAAAAUAGAUUAAAUAUGCCUGUUAAAACUUUGUGAUUUGUGUGCAAUGGUUAUGUCACUUAUGUGCAAAAGAUUUGUUUGAAAUUAUUUUGUUAUGUUAUGUAUGUGUUUCAUUUUGAAAACCAAUAUUAUAUGUAAUUAUUUAUUUAUUUUGAAAUUAGUAAAUUUUAAGUAGCUUGUAUGUAAAACUUAUAAAGUAUUAUUUGUAAAUCAAAAUAUCUUUUAAAAAAUGUUCUAUAAUUGAAAUAAAUAAUCUUUAUAUCUUAGAUAUGAAAUUUUUGAUCAAAUAAUUGGAAUUAACGCAUAAUCAACAAAUAUUUUUGAAGAAAUCCAGUGAACUUUUUAGAAUACAAUGCUUUUUGGGAAUAUUUUUAAGUGUAGAUCAUAAAGCUGUGAUGAAUUAAAAUGAAGUAUAGAACUAUUUUUAUAUUUCAACAUGUUUGAAACUAAAAUUAAAUAGAAAAACUGUUGAAACCUACUUUAUGCAAUUUUAAGUAGAAUUAAUGUAUGUGGAUUUGUAAUUCCAAAUGCUUAAAAUUUGCAAAAAUCUUUUCUUCUUUGUAAUAUGCUAUUUUUACAGAUCAUUUCAUUCCAGAAACUAAAAAUAAUUAUCCAAUGAACAAAUAUUUGUCUUUUAUUCACUGUACAUAUGGAACAAAAAUACAAUACAGUGGUCCGGUGUUUGAUGAUUUUUUUUCACUUUUCAUAUUUUGUUUUAAGCCUUAUAGCUAUACUGAUCAUAACUUCUAUGAUCCACUUAAUAAUUUUUACAUAUAUUUGUAUCCUUAAAUGCUUCAGAUAGAUAAGUUAAUUUACAUUUAAAUAAAAGCAUUUAUAAUCCAGAUCUACUUUACAGUCACAGUCUGUUUUAAUUAGCCAAUUUUGACAUAAUCCAAAAUAUUGAAACAAAAAAAUAUGAACAGGUAAACUCACCUAUGAUAUUUUGCUGUGAACACAAUGUAUGAUCUGUUGUUAUUUCUUAGUCUAUCUUAAACUACAAAAUGUUUUGAAUUUAAAUAUGAGCUUACAGUUUUAUAUUAAAUUUUUUAUAAUCA